UGCAGACCGAGGGGGUUUCUUAUAGGGCAGCACAAGUUUACACAACUAGAACCUAGCUUGUUACAAUUUAAAGUAUCCGAUUCUUCUCGCUGUGUUUGAUUUAUCCUCGAUCGGAAGAUGACCACAGCCGUGGUGUCGCCUUUCUUCGACUUUAGCGAAGUGAUCUACAACAAGAACAAAAUGCUGAACUACAAUAAUAACAUCCUCAGUACUCCACACCCUGUCUCUGUCCCUUGCACGGGGGCAAGUCUGUCCAUCUCCAACCCCACUGGGUGCCUGCUGGACAGGAAGGCUGUGGGGACACCCUCAACUAUUGGGGUUUAUCAGUGCCGGCACUCUGUCACUUCGGCUAGCACCAAACUCAACCAAAACCAGUUCUUGAACAUUGUUAAGGCAGAUCCAUCCCUGCUCGGCUCAGGGAUGGGAACCACUGGCAGCAGCAACAAAGAGAACCGAUUUCGAGACCGCUCUUUCUCGGAGACGGGGGAUCGCCUGCUACAGAAGUGUUUGGGCCCUGGAGGCCCCAACAGCCAGGUCAACUCGAGCCGCUACAAGACAGAGUUAUGCAGGCCAUUCGAGGAGAAUGGCGCUUGCAAGUAUGGUGACAAGUGCCAGUUUGCCCAUGGCAUUCAUGAGUUGCGCAGCCUAAGCCGCCAUCCUAAAUACAAGACAGAGCUGUGCCGCACAUUCCACACCAUCGGCUUCUGCCCCUACGGCCCACGCUGCCACUUCAUCCACAAUGCGGAAGAGCGCCGUGGACCUCCACCAACCCCGUCCCCGCUUUCGGCCUCCAAUAAGAUGGAGAGGCCGCGGCUUCAACACAGCUACAGCUUUGCCGGGUUCCCCAGCGCUGGAGGCUUGAGGGACAGCCCCACCUCCGUCACCCCUCCACCUAUAUUUUCCCCAGACGAUCUGCCCGAGUGGCCUAGCAGCAACCCCUUUACGUAUUCCAGCCAGGAGCUGGCCAACCUCUUCAGCCCCAGCCUGGGCAACGCACCUUUAUCCUGCUCUGACCCUUGCACCCAGGCGCCAUCUUCCCCGACAGCCCCUUACUACUUCAGGGCCAUGUCAGAGUCUCCCCAACUCUACGAGUCUCCAUCCAGUCAGCCAGACUCGCUUUCUGACCAAGAGGGCUACCAGAGCAGCUCGAGCGGAAGUCUGAGCGGCUCCGAGUCUCCUGUCCUUGACACCACCCGCCGACUGCCCAUCUUCAGCAGGCUUUCCAUCUCCGAUGACUAAAGCACACAGAGCCAGACCCCAUCCCCCUUUCCACUGCAUGCAGCAGUCUUGGGCAGAGAGGAUGAGAUGCUAGCACUCCCUCUACCUCUCGCCAUUUCUUUGGCACCCUAGAAGCCGUAGACUUCCCUCCUUGUAUCACCUCUGCUCUGAAACCGAUGCAGUGAAUUAAGGGAUCUUUCUCUUUUUGAAUACUCUUUUUAACCAGAACAAGCUAAAACUCUCCUGGCCUCAAGGUUCUUCUGUUUUCCGGGCCUCAUCUUGCAGAGCCCCUGCUAUGUUCUUGGUGUGACUGUGCCAAACACGCAGAGUAGGAAGUGGAUUAGCGAAAUGCUAAUCGUGAGAGGUAUGAGACCGUUGUGCCAGGUGCCACAGCUGCAGUCAAGUGUAGUGGAGCCGGUGGCACGGUUAUGGGAGAGAUCUGCGCCCAGCCCUCCUCACAAAUUACCACUCUUCUCAAGGACACUCUUUCAU